UACACGUUUGUACAUCACACACUGCAGUAUUAGCACACGUUUAUAUAUCAUAAUAAAGUCUGACAUACAGGAUCAGUUGUGAAGUUGAUAUUUAGAUAAAUGAAUGAACAGUAUUUGACUCAAACUGAUGAAUGAAAACUCUUUAUUGUCAAAGGGAAGCUGUCUGGACUGUUUGUUCCCACAAAGCAGAAUCUGCCCGAAUAACACCGUCCCAGACAAAUCCACGAGGAAGAAGAAGUGUAUGUUAACUCGCAUGUUUGAAGGAGAUCGUCUGCUGACCAUCGGCUGCAGAGCCUCAUGCCUCCAGAAGAACAUCGUGCGGAGGUGCUGUGGAGAGUUCUUCGGGGAGCACUGUGAGCCGUGUCCCGGGCCGAAGGGUCGGCCUUGCUUCGGUAACGGAGCGUGUUCGGACGGGACCAACGGGACCGGAGUCUGUCGGUGUGAAAGAGGUUUCAACGGGACCGCCUGUGAGACCUGCCAGAGCGGGAAAUACGGAGUCCACUGUGAUCAGG